UAUAUAAUCAAAGACUGAAAAUUCUAUCUGGGUUUAUCAUCAAGCUAUGAGACAACCGAUAAACAGUACAAAUCCGAAGCCUUAACUUCAGAUUUUUAUUUUUUAUUUUUUGUAAAUUUAUCGACUUUGCCAUGACAACACUUCUGAAGUUCUCCGUAAAUCUCUCAGUCUUUACCACUUCACUAUGGCAUAGUCAUUUCUGCAGGAAACCCAUUCCUUGUUGCUCGCUACCAAGGACAAAGUUUGCUUCUUUUCAUCAAAGCAGCUACAAGUUGAGAGCUUUAGGUGAGGAAAGAUGUUGGUGUUAUUUGGGAGUGGGAAAGGGCAAAGAUGGAAUAUUGAUGAAAGAGGAGGGGUUGAAGAGGAAGAAAAGAAUGGUUUUGGUGAGGUUUAAUCAGGGUUUUGGGUUUGGCAGCGGUGGUGGUGGUGAUGGUGGUGGAGAUAAUAAUGCAAAUGCAAGGAUUUUGGGUAAUCUUGCUUUGGCUAUUUUAUUAACUUAUCUUUCUAUGACCGGACAGCUUGGUUGGGUUUUGGAUGCUAUCGUCUCCAUUUGGCUAAUUGUGGUGCUUGUUCCUAUUGUGGGCUUGGGAGCUUUUCUCUGGUGGGCAGGUCAAGAUAUGGUGCAGGGCACUUGCCCAAACUGCGGAAAUGACUUUCAGAUAUUCAAAUCUACACUGAAUGAUGAAUUGCAGUUGUGCCCCUACUGCAGUCAACCUUUCUCAGUUGUGGAUGACAAGUUUGUUCGCGAAUCUGUGAGGUUCACAAAUGAAUCUACAACAUUUGGAGAAGCAUUCAGCGAAUUCUUUCCUAGUUCUAAGAAAGGAAAGGAAUCUUCUAAAGCCAUUGUUGAUGUUGAAGCAGAAAUCAAAGAUGCAGAGUGACAGCUGAUCGCUUUAGUCCUGUAGUUUAUAUUUGGAAAUGAUCGUUGAUUGAGAAAGGCAUUAGGUGUGGGGAUUGAAGUGUCUCAGGUGCUCUUACAUAAUUGGUUAUAGUGAACUGAAGACGCGCAAACAACUUUGCGAAGAUGACGGGCGGACAAAUUGACACUGGAAAUGUAUCCGAAAGUUUCGACAUUGAUACUCUGUAGCAUGUCGUUGUAUAUCAAGAGUUUGAUAGCUUUCUUCAUAAAUCAUAUCUUUUCUGUAUCUACUUGUAGUUAGAAUUCAUGAGACAUUUUGAAAUGUAAUUAGGGCUUGAUGUAAAAUAAUAGACUUCACUGGGAAAGAGCUGGUCAAAAGAAUUUUGGUUAA